UGACUUCAAAUUUCAAAAAAAUAUAUCAAUCAUUCAAUCCAUUUAGGACAUUAACUGAAAAACCCAAAAAAGGGCCCCUAUUUGUAAUAACUGAAAAUUAGUGCCCUUCAGAAAAUUAAAAGUUAUUGCAUUUUUUAUUGGAUAUUUUAAUGAAGGACCCCAACCACUAUAUAAACUCACUCUGGCCCCUCCUUUCCUGUGCUACGACAAACAGCUUUCUAGCUGCAGGGAACGUACUCUGCUCCACUUCGAAUGGCGAUUUCCGCCUGUAAAUCAUCAGCAAAGACAAUGACGACCGACGAGAAAGAAUGCGGAGCCACCACAACAAUCUCCGCCCUCCACCCCGACGUUGUUCAGGCGCACAUACUCACCCGCCUUGACGGUCCGUCCCUCGCCUCCGUCUGCUGUGCGUCUUCUCAAUUACACGCUCUCUCCAAUGACGAAAGCCUCUGGAGAGACAUGUGCCACUCAACGUGGCCUUCUACAGACACCCCACGCAUCCGUGACAUUGUCUCCAGCUUCCCGGCCGGCGCCCGCUCUUUCUUCUCCGACUCUUUCUCUCUGCUAGUCUCCCCGCAUGACCAAGCACCACCGUCGAAUCUCAAUCCUCCGGUUUCCCCUCCUGAGAUAAUCUCCGCUGUGGAUAUUCAUUACCGAGGCAACCUUCUAUUCUCCAAGGCUCACGAGACAGAGACGCUAUCCGGCUGGUUCCGGUGCUCGCCGUUCCGCGUCGACCUUCUCGACCCGAAAGAAGUUGUUCCCACACCAAUAACAAUCAGCGACGGCACGUGCCAGGACCUCGCGGAAAACCUGAAGCUGAGCUGGAUCGUGAUCGACGCCACCGGGCGGCGAGCGGCGAACCUUUCGAGCUGGAGGCCGGUCUCGGUGCAGCGGCACUGGCUGUCGAGGGAGAUACACGCCCGGUUCGCGACGAUCCUGGCUGGAGAUCGGGGGUCGACGGAAUUCGUGCAGUGCGGGAUAGUCGUAACCUGUGGAGGAUGCGAAGGAGGGGAGAUGCAGAUGAGGGAGGUGAGCUUGCAGGUGGAGGACAUGGAUGGAACAAACUUGAACGGGAAGGACAGUUUGGUAAUUAUGCAGAGAGCGAUGCAGAGGGGAGAGAGAAAGAAGGGAAGGAAAGGGGAAGGGAAAGAGAGAUACGAGGAGUUGUUGAGAAGGAAGGCAGAGAGGAAAGAAAGGAAGCUGAGACGCGAAGGGCGGUUGGAUUCGAUGUGUAUGGCUUUUUCCGUCUUGUUCUUCGCCUCCGUUUGGAUGCUUUGCUUGUUCCGGUAAAAUCAGCUUUUGUUAUUAUUAUUACUUUUUUUUUUUUUUUUACUUUUUAACUUUGGAGGAGGGGGUAUUGAUUGUACGGUUAAAGGGUUAGUUAUUACAGUUAAAAAGCCGAAGAAAGAGGCAAAGAGCAGAGCCAAAAUAAAGGGGACGAAAGAAAACCGGCCAUCUCCUGUCCCCAAAUAACUUGGUUACUUGUACAGUGAAACUAUGAAUAAAUAUUGAUAUUUAAUUUUA